AUGAUAGCUGCAGAUAAUAUUGAUUAUCGUCUUCAUCUACCUCCCUAUCGAUCACUUUUGAAUCCGAGUGCUCGCUAUGACUAUAAAACACACAAGUUGGUGCCUUUCAAUCCCAAUGAAUUAAAUCUGUUGGAUCCUACCAUGAGGGCUAGUCCCUCUACAUCUAGGACAUCAUUAAAAAAUCCCUCAUCUUCAUUUAAGAUGAAGUAUAGGUCUUUGUUGAGCGAUGUUAGUAGGAGCCUUUCCCUUAGGAUCAGUAACCCGUCUCUAAUAGGCAACCAGAGUAAUGUCAAGUUUCAGAGCCCAGUUCAUUCGACUGUGACUUUCAAGAGCAUGCCAGUUGAAAUAUUGGAUUUUAUAUUUAGCCUUAUCGACGAUGUUGAUGAUUACAGAAGAUGUCUCUAUACUAGCAAAUUAUUUUACCAAUUGGCAAAGCCAUAUUUUUACCAGGAUUUAUCAUUUACCUCGACCUACAGAUUUGCUCAAUUCAUAACAUACUUGAGACUCAACGUGAGCGUUGGCCAAUAUGUUAAGUCUAUUGACUUAUCAAAUAUCAGACCAGGCAAUUAUGAGGAGACAUUGAAUGAGGAAGAUGAAAGGGAAACUGACAGCAAGAUUGAUUUCAAUUCUGUAUUAAAGCUUCUCGCAGGAUGGAGGGAUUGGAAAUAUAAGACAAACCCAUUAUAUUCACUUCAUCCUCAUCCUUCUUCCUCGAAUCUUACCAAAGUUGCAUCUAAUUCUCAGAGUUCUGUUCAUUCGGGAAAAUCUAACUCAUCAAGUAAAUCCCUUAAAUUUGCAAAGCUGUUUAAAUUUAUGAAAUCAAAAAAACGUAGAAAUUCUCAAUGCAUGAGAGAAAACCUACAAAAAGUACCAAAAGUUGAAGUCGUUGACUUAUCAGAAUCAAAAGCAUCACAUCCAAAAAUUAAUAAGUUCUUACUAAAUUAUUCAUCCUCGAGGGACAUUCCAAUUGGAUACGUUCUUCAUUUGAUUAAUCUAUGCCCAAACAUUGUGAGUCUCGAUUUAGGCAAUCUUUCAAUCUCCACGGACUAUCGGAUAAAAAGAUCAAUGAUCUGCAAAUAUCAAACUUUUGAUAUCAUGAACAAUUAUCCCAAGGAAAUGAUCAAUAAAAUUGACAACAUAAUGACGCACAACCGUGAAGACAGUGGCUUUCAAAUGUUGCAUUUGAGGCAAAAUGAUUUGCACCAACCAACGUCUUCUGCAUCGUCCGUUUAUUCUAUCACUACAUUUUCAAAGCCAAUUAAAAAAUACAAUAGCUUACUUCCGCCUUUACCACAGACAGUAAGUGAUAUUUCAUAUCUUAAAAAGGGUGAUGGCGAGGUCUUCUUGAGUGACCUUAAUUUAAAGUCAAUAAAUAACAACUAUUUGAUUAGGUUGAAUGAGCACGAGUCAUUGUCAGCACUAAUUAAAAUGCAUGGAAAUAAGUCGCCUUAUCCGCACACUUUGAAAUAUAUCAAUUUAUCUUCGGUGAUUUGGUUGAAUAAGAAGCUAGUACAAGUAUUUUUGAGAAACUUUACGAGCUCCAACUUUGGGGAGUUUUUUAAAAGUCUCGACGAUCAUCAUUCAGAUGUCCGAAGUUUAUCGUCUUUAAAAACUGAUAUCAACCAUCAAGAUUUUUUUCGGGACCUUGUCGUAAACUUAACGGAUUCAGGAAUGUACAAAAAUCUUCAGUGGGCCCAAUUGAUCGAUUUCCGAACUUUUGAAGGAUGUAAAUUAGCAAAUGAAAUCAUAAAUGAUCAACUAAUCGAUGACUACGAACAAUACAUUAGGAGAGAGAGAAUGAGAAGAGGGAGAAUUGCUGAGAAUUAUCUCAAUUAG